AUGGGAGGCAAGGAUCAGGAGCAAGCCGUUUCGAUUGAGAUGCCCGAAGUUGGCAAACAACAAAGCGGCAAUGCGGGCAGUGCGUCUCAGUCCUCCUCCAGCGGCUGCUUGGCGGCGCAUCCUGUGAUUGCAGCCAUCGCUGUCAUGCUGGUGGUGAGUGCUGCCGUUGCCGUACCCCUUGCCGUCGUUUAUGGCAGUGAGGAUGACAAUGGCACAGCUGCCGCCAAGGCCUUUCAAGCCUCCGCCUCGCAAUGCGCAACUCAGUAUGUCAGCAACCUGACGGCUUUCGGCACGUGUGUCGUGCAGCUGGGCCAUCAUGUCAACCUGAUGAGCACGACGGAUCUCACCGCCUGCCUACCUCGGCAACAACGGCAGCGACCACAACGGCAACAACAACAACAACAGCAGCAGCAACAACAACAACAACAACAACAACAACAACAACAACAACAACAACAACAACAACAACAACAACAACAGCAGCAGCAGCAGCAACAACAACAACAACAACAACAACAACAACAACAACAACAACAACAACAACGCAAGCCUGCCCAACAUUGGCAACUCCCACGGCAGAGCUGA